GUCUUAUGUGAAUGCAAUAACAACAAAUUAAGUUUUAUGGGGAUUAAUGUGCGUUAAUUGUAUAGAAAACAAUUGAAAAACAGAGCUGAACAAGUGCAGAUUAUUUUACAUGUGAAAUUUUGUGCAAAAGUGUAGUGAAAAUGGCCACAAAUAUGUAUCGAGUCGGAGACUACGUCUACGUUGAGACAACGCCGAAUAGUCCCUUCCUGAUACGCCGCAUUGAGGAAUUGAAUAAAAAUCCAACGGGCAAUGUGGAGGCAAAGGUCAUGUGCUUUUAUCGGCGUCGUGACUUGCCCAACCCGCUUGUACAGCUGGCGGAUAAGCAUCAACUGGCAACCGCCGAAGACUCACCGCUGGCCACAAAACUGAAGAAAACCUGGCUUAGAACACCCGUGGGCGAGGAGCAAGCGGCACAAGCUGUGCUCGAUCCCUCAAUAGCUGCACUCGACGAGGAACGCACAAGUCCAGCGCAAGUAUCCAAUGCUGGCAGUAGUGCAGCUGCCACGGGAAAUGCCAACAGCAACAAUAACGGUGGCAGCGGAGGCGGCGGAGCCGAUGCGGAGAAGAGUGAAUCCUUGACCAGCAAGCAACGCUAUCAAAUCAAGCAUCGCGAGCUGUUUCUGUCACGCCAAGUCGAAUCGAUACCCGCCACACAAAUCCGAGGCAAAUGCUCGGUGACGCUACUCAAUGAGACGGAGUCAUUGCAGAGCUAUCUCAAUAAAGACGACACAUUUUUUUAUUGUCUGGUCUUUGAUCCGAAUCAAAAAACGUUGCUCGCCGACAAGGGCGAGAUCCGCGUUGGCAGUCGCUAUCAGUGUGAUAUACCCGCGAAGCUUAAAGACACCUCCACGGAUGAGCGCAAGCUGGAGGAGUUGGAGUCGCUGGUGUGGACGCCAGAGCAUACCUUGACGGAUCGCAAAAUCGAUCAGUUUCUCGUGGUCUCGCGGUCGAUUGGCACAUUUGCGCGUGCACUGGACUGCAGCAGUUCGGUGAAACAGCCCUCGCUUCACAUGUCCGCAGCAGCCGCCAGUCGAGACAUCACGCUGUUUCAUGCUAUGAACAUUCUGCACAAACACGACUAUUCAAUUGAGGAGGCCAUGUCCUCGCUAGUUCCUUCCACUGGACCCGUGCUCUGUCGCGAUGAAAUCGAAGAUUGGAGCGCAUCGGAGGCUAAUCUCUUUGAAGAGGCGCUGGAUAAAUAUGGCAAAGACUUUAAUGACAUACGACAAGAUUUCCUGCCAUGGAAAACGCUUAAGCAAAUCAUUGAGUACUAUUACAUGUGGAAGACCACCGAUCGUUAUGUGCAACAGAAGCGCGUUAAGGCCGUUGAAGCGGAGCUCAAGCUGAAGCAGGUCUACAUACCGCAAUAUAACAAUGCCAAAGGCGGCGCAACCGUAAAAGCUGCAGCUGGUGGUGGAGGUAGUGGUGGUGGCGGUGGUGGCGGUGGCAUCUAUAAUGGCACCACCAAUGGCGGCGCCGAUUUGUCGAAUAAUGGCAAACCGUGCGAAUCGUGCGGCACAACUAAAUCAUCACAGUGGAAUCCAUUCAGCAGCGGUCACAUGGCGUGUCGCCUGUGCCAGUGCUGUUGGGAUUAUUGGAAAAAGUAUGGCAGUCUGAAGUCCGCGCACAAGAGCGAUGCAAACGAUGGCGAAAUCAAAAAGAAAGUAGUGCCGACCACUGUAGCUUCAGCGCCGACGUCAACAACUGCAACGGGCACCAACAAUACCACUGUUGUGGACAUUAACGACGAUGAUAAAGUCAGUGAUCUUACAAACCGUCAAUUGCACAGGUGUUCCAUUGUCAACUGUGGCAAGGAGUUCAAGCUAAAGACCCAUUUGGCACGCCACUAUGCGCAAGCGCAUGGCAUUGCCAUUAGCUCCGGCUCGCCGCGACCGAUAAUGAAGACGCGCACUGCCUUUUACUUGCACACGAAUCCGAUGACGCGGGUGGCGCGCAUCAUUUGUCGCAACAUUGUCAAGCCGAAGAAGGCGGCACGCCAGAGCGCGUACGCCAUCAACUCGCUGCUUGUCAAGCAGGAAUUUACAAACCGUAUUAAUGGCAAAUCACCGGCAGAAAUCAAAAAGCUGAUGUUGCUCAAACCUAAGGAUCGCGGCAGCGUUACCAAGAUUGCCAAUCGCUUGGGCGCGCCUGGCAGUGGACCACAUGAGUGGCUCGUGCUAACGCCCAAGGAUAAAAUGCCCCAGCCUGAUGUUGUCUCAUUCCCUAAGCCGCCUAAAGCGGCCGACGGCAGUCUGGUCUAUGAGCGUGUGCCGAAUAAAACGCCCGAAGUAGAGGCGACUAAGGAGCUAACGAUAAUUCCAGCGCAAAGCACAUCCACGUUACGCAAGCGUGCGCACGAAGAGCAGCAGCUCAAUGGCACAGAGGUGACAAUCGUGCCAAGCGGGCCACCAGCCAAGCGACCCAAUAAAGAUCCCAUGCCCUCGCACUGUCCCAGCCCCGAACAGUUUGCGGCCAUGAUGGCAGCAUCGGGUCAGCCACUGUCCAGGCAUCAUUUAAAUGGGAAGCAGAAAAUUGCGCAAAUGGCCCGAGGUGGCAACGGACGCAAACAGGUCAUCAGUUGGAUGGACGCACCCGACGACGUUUACUUUAGAGCCACUGACAUACACAAGAAAACGCGUAAAAUACUCACUGCCGUGGACUUGCGUCGUGCGGCGCGCAAACCUUGGCGCAAUCUGCCCAUCAAAUCGCUAGCCCCGGAGCCAAGCAGCAGGCCUAAUAAACCAGAAAUUGUCAUACUAGACUGACCGGCGUCGGCAGUGGCAAAUAAAGCAACAACAGUAGUAGCAGCGGUAGCAGCAACAACCUCAACGCCAAUAGCAGCAGCAGCAACAACAACAACCAAGUUGUUGUCGUCGUCGUCGUCGUCUUCAGCAAACACAUACGAGCAGCAGCAUCAACAGCAGCAACAUUUGAAGCAGCAUCCACCAUUUCCAUAUACCAUGGAUGCAUUGCUAAACUAAUCAAAUGACUCGGGAAAACGCUGAGCUCUGUUUUAAGAAGUGGCUUGCCAUGUAUAUACAUCCCGCAUGCAUUAUACAAACACAUACAGACAUUAGCACACCCCCCAAACACACACACACACACGCACACACACACCACACACAACUAGCAUAGAGAAGAGAGUUACAGCAUCACUGUAUGACAUUGGUACGUGUUCAGCAGCAACCGCAACAGCAGCAACCACUUUAAUAGCGCUUAAAUAAUUGUCUUUUUUUAAAAAACAAAUAGUAAGAUAAUAAGUGUUAAGAUCUACAGUAAACAAAACAACCGCAAAACAUAA